CGAAUCAAAUGGACAUCACAUCCUCAACCCCUCAGCCAUCGUCCAGCGCGGACAGAAUGGCUGGCAUGGACCACGCAGAGGUUCGCUAUUUUACGAGUUACGACCACCAUGGUAUUCACGAGGAGAUGCUUAAAGACGAGGUUCGCACACGAUCAUACAGAGAUGCCAUUUACCAAAACCGUCAUCUUUUUAAAGAUAAGGUAGUGCUUGAUGUCGGAUGCGGAACCGGGAUUCUCAGCAUGUUUGCCGUUCGUGCAGGAGCCAAACACGUUAUCGGCGUGGACAUGUCUUCCAUCAUUGAAAAGGCCCGCCAGAUCGUGGCAGUAAAUGGCAUGGCAGACAAGAUUACCCUUCUUCAGGGCAAGAUGGAAGAAGUGCAACUUCCCUACCCAAAAGUUGAUAUCAUUAUAUCCGAAUGGAUGGGAUAUUUCCUUCUGUACGAGUCCAUGCUUGACACCGUUCUCUAUGCUCGUGACAACUAUCUUGUCCCCGAUGGCAAGAUUUUCCCGGACAAAGCUACUGUCUACCUCGCCGGAAUUGAGGAUGGCGAAUACAAGGACGAUAAAAUCGGAUGCACGUUUUCCCCUCAAAAGCCCUGCACUGAGUCCCUAGUUCCUACCCCCCUCCCCUUUCAUGCACAUCACAGGUCAAUUGCUAAUUUUCUUGUAGUUUGGGACAAUGUCUGGGGAUUCAAUUACUCACCUAUGAAAGAUGUGGCGCUGACUGAGCCUCUUGUGGACACUGUCGAGCUAAAGGCUCUUGUCACCGAUCCCUGCCCGGUCCUCACCAUUGAUCUAUACACAGUCACCACAGCCGAUCUUGCAUUCACUGUUCCCUUCAGACUCACCGCAAAACGCAACGAUUUCAUCCACGCCAUCAUUGCCUGGUUCGAUAUCGAUUUCACCGCUUGCCACAAAAAGAUUCGCUUCUCCACCGGACCUCAUGCGAAGUACACCCACUGGAAGCAAACCGUGUUCUACAUUCGCGAAGUCCUCACCAUUGAGGAAAAUGAAACAGUUGCAGGAUUCCUAGAGAAUAAACCUAACGAGAAAAACAAGCGGGAUCUCGAUAUUAAGAUCUCGUACACUUUUGAGACGGAGGAUGAGACACGUGCUGCCCAGGGCAGCUGUGAGUAUAAAAUGUAUCGCAUCCCACAUUUCUCUUUCGCCCCCAUCUAUCAAACAGAAAUUAUGAGCCAAUCAGGAUACUAAUUCUGGUCUCAGGUGUUAAACAUACGACGUACUUAC